AUGGCGGCUCCUGACCUUUCACAUUGCAGAGGAGUGUUUCCACAGGGACCGGUGUCAUUCACGGAUGUGACUGUAGCAUUUAGCAGGGAGGAGUGGCAACACCUGGACCUUGCUCAGAAAAGCCUGUACAGGGAUGUAAUGUUGGAAAACUACUUCAACUUGCUCUCAGUGGGGUGUCAAGUUCCCCCACCAGAAGUCGUUUACAACCUGGAGCAAGGAGGAAAGCAAUGUGUAUUAGAUGGUGAGACCUCCAAUCAGAGCUGCCUGGAUCGGGAUGUUGGUUUUAAAACUGUACAACAGGGAAUGUCAGAAAAAGUUUCAAUCAAGUUUGAGAGAAUUGAUCUCUUCACAAGAGAUGACCCAUAUUUCAUUUUAGAAUUGUGGCGAGAUAAUGAUCAGACAGGGGGUCGUGAGGAAAACCAGGACCAACGUGUGAGCCAUAUUGCCUUUAUCAACAAAGAGACACUGGCUGAUGAGAAGGACUGCGAACACAAGGACAUUGUAAAUCCAAACUUCAUUCCUUCAAGAAAAAGACCCUGUAACUAUAACUCACUUGGAAGUGUGAAGCCUAUUAUAAACUUAUGCAAUUAUAAUAGAAACAAUGUAAAAGAAAAUCUUGAUAAGAUUAUUGGAUAUGGAAAUAAUUUUACUCAUAUAAAUUCUUAUACAGAAAUGAAUGCUUGUGAAUGUAAUCAAUGUAAGAAAUGUCUGAGUUGUAAGCAAGAUCUUAUUCAACAUCAAGAAAUUCAUACGGGGAAGAACCUUCGUGGAUUUUCUGACUGUGUAAACAUUGUCAACCAGAAGUCACACCUCUUUGCACAUGGUAAUAUUUAUACUGAAGACAAACAGAAUGAAUGCAGCAAAUGUGGGACAGUCUCUAUUCAGAAUUCUCAAUUUGCUAUACCUCAGAAGGUUUAUACAGGAGAGAAAUCCUAUAUAUGCACUGGAUAUGGGAAGGACAUUUCCCUCAAGUCAAACCAUGAGAAAAGUCCUACUGAGGGAAAUGACUAUAAAUGCACUGAAUAUGGAAAAGCCUAUAUUCAGAAGUCAGAUGUCGUCAGAUGCCAAGGAAUUCAUUCUGGAGAAAAACCCCAUAAAUACACUGAACAUGGGAGAAGCAUCUCUCAGAAUUCAAACCGCAGUAUACAUAAAAAAAAUCAUAUUGGAGAGAAACACUUUGAAUGUAUUGAAUGUGGGAAAGCCUUCACAAGGAAAUCAACACUAAAUAUGCAUCAGAAAAUUCAUACAGGAGAAAAAUCAUAUGUAUGUCCUGAAUGUGGGAAAUCCUUUAUCCGGAAGUCACAUUUUAUUAUGCAUGAGAGAAUUCAUACUGGAGAGAAACCUUACAAAUGCAGUGAUUGUGGGAAGUCUUUUAUAAAGAAGUCACAACUCCUUGUACAUCAGCGAACGCACACUGGAGAGAAUCCCUUUAUCUGUUUAGAAUGUGGGAAGGUCUUCACCCACAAGACAAAUCUCAUUAUACACCAGAAAAUUCAUACUGGAGAGAGACCCUAUACAUGCAGCAGCUGCGGGAAAUCAUUCACCUGGAAGUCACGACUCAGAAUGCAUCAGAAGUGCCACACUGGAGAGAGACGUCAUGAGUGCGGUGACUGCGGGAAAGCCUUCAUUCAGAAGUCAGCACUGAGCGUGCAUCAGAGAAUUCAUGGAGGGGAGAGGCCCUGUGUGUGUCCUGACUGUGGGAAGGCCUUCUUCCACAAGUCACAUUUUAUCACACACGAGAGAAUUCAUACCGGGGAGAAACCUUAUGAAUGCCCUGACUGUGGAAAGUCUUUUACUAAGAAAUCACAACUCCAUGUCCAUCAACAAAUUCACACGGACAGAUGUGCCAAAUGCGGAAAGGCUUUCACCGACAGAUCAAACCUCUUUACGCACCAGAAGAUUCACGCUGGAGAGAAAGCCUACGCAUGCAGUGACUGUGGGAAAGCCUUCUCCCGGAAGUCAGGCCUCCACGUCCACCAGCAGGCGCAUACUGGAGAAAGACAGCACACGUGCAGUGACUGUGGGAAAGCCUUCGCAAGAAAGUCAACGCUCAUCAUGCAUCAAAGGAUUCAUUCAGGAGAGAAACCCUAUGUCUGUACUGAAUGCGGGAAGUCCUUCACCCAAAAGUCCCAUUUAAAUCGACACUGGAGAAUUCAUACCGGAGAGAAACCCUAUGAGUGCAGAGACUGUGGGAAAGCCUUCAUUAAGAAGUCACAACUCCAUGAGCAUCAGCGAACUCACACAGGAGAGAAACCAUACAUAUGUGCUGAAUGUGAAAAGGCCUUCACCAUCAGAUCGAAUCUUAUUAAACACCAGAAAACCCAUACCAAAAAGCCCUAUAAAUGCAGUGACUCUAGGAAAGCUUUCAACUAGAAGACACAACUCAGCAUGUAUCAGGAAUUUGACCGAGAGGACGUAGAGUGCCCAGUACCACAACCAGAGGCUGCAGCUUAA